CACCGCUGGCUGUACGUUGAAUGAACCACGGGAAUGGAGUCACUAUGGAUAGUUACGUGUCACUGAUGUUUUCUUCUGUGUUUGGCCUCUAAAACGGAAAAUAAUCAACACCAAACUGCUCACAAAUGGAAUAACAUUGUCUGUGGUUGUUCACUUGGAUUGGAAUACCCCCUAUUUACUGAAAAUGUCAGGAUUUUACGCGAGGCUUUUGAUGGCAAUUGUUCAAAUGCGUACUGUUCUGCUUCUCUUCAGCACAUGUCUACUUUUUGAGGCAUCAGUGUUUGCUGGAAGACUCGACAAAGUCGGUCCCCCGUCCAUCACACCGCAGGGCCCAGAGCUCACAUUUGUUGAGAACAGAACGUUGGAGAUUUUAUGCCAUGGUGCAUUCGGUCUGGAGUGGAUCUAUCCGGAUAGUGUGGCAGACCGAGUGGAAAUUAGACCGUGCAGAAGUUGCCAGCCUGAGUUCAAGCACACCAGUGUUCUGAGAAUCAGCACGCCGCAUUACAAGGACACAGGACUGUAUGUGUGUGCUUACCUGAAAUACAUGGACAGUCUGAAUACGAAAACUGCCACAGAGGUUUAUGUGUAUGUUGCAAGUAAUGAUCACGAAAAGCUAUUCCUGCCAGUGGACGAGCACACCAUCUAUAUCAAUGGCGCAUCUCCCUUCAUCAUCCCCUGUCGCAUCACGAACCCCCGGGCCCAGGUCUCCCUCGUGCAUGUACAUGGAUACGAUACCCUGAUGAACCAGGACACAUCUCUGGUGUACGAUCCCCAAAUUGGAUUUAAUGUAACGGCCAAUCAGGAGUUCUACGAAGGGUUUAUCACCUGCCAGGCGCAACUGGGGAAUAUGCAGCAACAGCAGGUUUACACUGUACAGUUUGAAGCUCACAGUCCACUCAUCACGCCUGUGAUCACUGCCAGCAAGAGGGAAGUCAUUCAAGGCUUGGAGGGGUUUGAGGUGACAUGCCAGGUAGAUGUGCCCUCAAGAAGCCAUCUUGCACUCAGCUGGGAAUACCCAGGAAACAGGAUUGCCGGCUUGGAAUCCAAUUACCGAGAGGAGACCUCACAUCAAAUCAGUGAACCCCAUAGAAACCACCGCAAAUUGAGCACCAAGCUAUUUGUGGCAAAUGCCACCAUCUUUGACAAUGGGACAUUUGUCUGCAUUGCCAGUACCCACGUGGACAGUUCCUCAGCGGAGGUGAAAAUCACUGUUUUGUCUGGAGACCAGCUGUUCACAAACGGGCCACCACAUUUCUUGGAAGUGCCCCGCUAUCUGAAUCUCAGCGAAGGGGAACCGCUGGAACUGAACUGCUCGGGCGCCUACACCCUCGAAUGGAACUACCCUCCAAGCAUCCAGUCCCGCGUCAACAUGAGUUCCAGGGCCUGUCCACUUUGCCCUCCUGACUCCCAGCACAUCAGUGUCCUGAGGGUGGACAGCGUCGGCUAUAGUGAUGCAGGGAGCUAUCGGUGUAUCUACAGUCGGUACCUUGAUCAUAUCAAUAGUGGCACAGCGGCCCAGGUAGAUGUGACCGUGACAGGGAAAGAUGCCAGUCUUCUUAGAGAUGGUCCCCCACGCAUUCACGCAAACUUCUCUGCAAUUAUUGCUGCCGAGAAUGCAACCAUUGAGGUGAGCUGCUCGGGGGCGUCCACCCUGGAGUGGCUGUACCCAGAUACGGUGGCGGCCCGGGUCCAGUUCACGACCGUUGGGUGUCUCACGUGCCCAAGGGCGCUACGGUACAAAAGCAUCCUGAAGAUCAAGAACGCGGUGUACACCGACACGAGCCUCUACCGGUGUGUAUAUGGGAGGCACUCCAAUAGCAUCACCAAUGAGACGUCAUCGGAUGUUUACAUAUAUGUGAGAAGUCCGGGUCAUAUUUUUCUGCCUUUGCCCAACAAUGAGAACACCGUCAUCAUCUUCAGAGAUGAGCCGUUUGUCAUACCGUGUCGCGUCACCGAUCCUGUGGCGACCGUCACACUGACCUAUGAGCAGGAUGCGGUGAAGGUGGGGAACGGAGUUGCAUACAACCCCCAGUCGGGCUUCUUGGUAACCGGCAGGGAGUGGGAUGGUGUGGUGGCUUGCAAAGGGAACAUAAGCGAGCGGUGGCAGAUACAACUCUUUGAAGUCCAUUUGGCAGAUUCCAAACAGUUGUUCCUGCCAGCUCCAGACCAGAACAUCAUCACCAGCGAUAUGGAGCCGCUCAUCAUUCCAUGCCGUACCACCGACAGGAGGACUGAGGUCUCCCUCAUCCUGGAGUACAACAGCCUGGUCAACAUCGAUGGGGUGACGGUGAGCUAUCACCCGGUGGUGGGAUUCAACAUCACGGCCAACCAGGAGCUAUUUCACGGCUUUGUGUUCUGCGAGGGCCAGCUGGGCAAGGUCCAACAGCAGCAGAUGUUCAUCGUGACUUACGAAGUGAGCAGCCCGCUGGCCAAGCCGGAGAUAUUUGCCAGCAAGACGGAGGUGAUCCAGGGCUGGGAGGGGUUUGAGGUGACCUGUGAGGUAGACAUGCCAUCGAGGAGCAUGCUGGAACUCACGUGGGACUACCCAGGAAAGGGGAUUCAAGAGCACGAGUCCAACUAUCGAGAGGAGAGAACAUCACUUAUUAUCACUGAGCCAUCCAGCAUCUCACACAAGUUCAGCAGUAAAUUGUUUGUACUCAACACAACCCAGUAUGACAAUGGCACGUACUUCUGCACUGUCCAGGCUGGUGACGAGAUUGUCACAUCAGAGAUUGACAUCCAAGUGAUAUCUGGAACGCGUCUCUACGAAGUUGGCCCACCACGCCUUGACAGUCCAUCGGCGCCACUAAUCAUCACCAAAGGCGAGUCCUUAGAGCUCUCCUGCUCGGGUGCCUACACCCUGGAGUGGAACUACCCUCAGAGCAUCCAGUCCCAUGUUAUGCUAUCCUCCAGGGCCUGUCCGACUUGUUCGCCAAAAGCCAGACACGCCAGCAUCCUCCGCGUAGAGAACAUCGGCUAUGGCGAUUCCGGGAAGUACCAGUGCGUCUACAGUCGGUAUAUGAAUCACCUUAACAGUGGCACAGCUGUCCAAGUUGACGUGCAUGUCACCGGCAGUGACGUUCAUCUUCUCCGAGUCGGCCCACCCCACAUUAAUGUCAACUCGUCUGAGCUGGUCUUUGUGGAUAAUACGACAGUUGAGUUGGACUGCACGGGUGCCUACACCCUAGAGUGGCUGUAUCCGGCCAGUGUGGCCCCCAGGGUCACCCUGACAUCGGUGGCCUGCCCAACAUGCCCCCAGUCGCUACGAUACCGCAGUGUGCUGCGGAUCGAUAAGAUGGAAUACCAGGACACAGGCUUCUAUCGCUGUGUCUACAGCCGACACUUGGACAGCAUUACCAAUGAGACUGCCACCGGGAUUUACAUAUACGUCAAGAGUGCUGUGAAGUUGUUCCUCCCGCAACCCAAUCCAAACAUCCUGAAGAUUCCGGAGGACCGUCCAUUCAUCAUCCCCUGCCGAGUGAGCGACCCCCAGGCCGGUGUCACACUCACCCUCAAUGGCCAGCCACCUGACGACAUCGGCUGGUGGUAUGACCCUCAGGUGGGGUUCACCAUACCGCCCGUCAGCUGGAAUGGACGGGUGGUGUGCUACGCCCAAAUGGAAAACGUCCACGAGGAGCAGUCCUUCAUACUCAUCCUUGAAGCUGAAGCCUACACGCCUAAUCCGAUGGUAUACGCCAGCGCAGUGGAAGUUAUAGAGGGCAAAGAAGGGUUCAAUGUCACCUGUGAGGUGGAGGCUCCCUUGGGCGCUCUGGAAUCACUGACCUGGGACUAUCCAGCCAAACAGCAGACUGAUGAACGGAGUUCCAGUUACCAGGAGACAACCACCUCCAAGGAGAUCGGGCGUACUCUGGUGCAUCUUGUGAGUUCGUUGACUGUGGAGAAUGCAACAGAACACGACAACGGCCUGUACACGUGCACUGCGUCCAGCUUCAGCCACCAGCAGUCAGCCACGAUACCUGUCCGUGUGCUAGAUCCAGACAUGUUGUUCCUGCCGGCCAGCGAGCACGUCCUCAUUGCAGACGACUCUUCCCCUUUCAUCAUUCCUUGCCGGACUGCCGACCCGGACAUCCAGGUCUCCCUGGUCAUUGGCUACAAGUCGGAGGUCAGGCCGGAUGACCCGACCAUCACCUAUGACCCCAGGCUGGGUUUCAACGUAACGGCCGACCAGGAGAGGUUCCAUGGACUCGUUCGCUGUCAGGCACAGCUGGGAAACAUCCAGCAGCAGCAGAUGUUCACAGUCAACUACGAAGUGAACAGCCCCCUGGUGGCCCCAGCGAUACAGGCCAGCAAGAUGGAGGUGAUCCAGGGCUGGGAGGGGUUUGAGGUGACCUGCGAGGUAGACAUGCCGCUCAGGAGCAGCCUGGAGCUCAGCUGGGACUACCCAGGAAAGGGGAUUGCUGAAUGGCAGUCCAACUACAAAGAAGAGAGAACAUCUCGGCACAUCACCGAGCCCUCCAGGAGCUACCGGAAGUUUGUCAACCGACUGGUGGUCCAGAAUUCCACGGAGCACGAUAGCGGCAUGUACGUCUGCACAGCACAGAAGAACCUGGAGAGCAUCUCCUCGGAGAUCCGCAUCAAUACAAUUCCCGGUGCUCAACUCAAAGAGAUGGGCCCACCCCACCUCCAGGACACGCCCACCCGCCUGACCAUCAUUGACGGGGAGACCCUGGAGCUCACCUGCACGGGGGCCUACACCUUAGAGUGGGACUACCCCCAGAGCAUCCAAUCUCACGUCAUGCUGUCGUCCAGGGCCUGCCCGGUCUGCCCACCCCAGGCCCGGCACACCAGCAUCCUCCGCGUGGAGAAUAUCGGGUACAGCGAUUCGGGGAGCUACCGGUGCAUCUACAGCCGGUACACAAAACACAUCAACAGCGGCACGGCUACACAUGCAGUCAUUGUGGUCACCAGUAAUGACACUAGUGUGCAUCAAGUUGGUCCCCCAGUCAUCCACGUGGAUGGCCCGGACCUGCUAACCAACGAAAAUGCCUCCGUCGAAAUAACUUGCACCGGCGCCUACACCCUGGAGUGGCUUUAUCCCUCCUCCGCAACCCACAAGGUCACCCCGACUUCCACGGCCUGCCCAACCUGUCCCCCGGCUUUGCGUCACCGGAGCAUCCUUAGAAUCGACAGGUUGACCUACAUGGACACCAAUGCCUACAAGUGUGUGUACAGCCGCUUCUCGGAAAACAUCAACAUCAAUACAUCGGCAGAAGUGUACAUCUUUGUGCGGAGCAAUGAUCCGUCCAACCUUUUCCUGCGCAAGCCAGACACCUCGUUUCACCACCUCAUCAUCUACGAGGACGAGCCCUUCGUCAUCCCCUGUCGGGUCAGCAAUCCGGAUGCCCCUGUCAAGCUGAUGCAGGACCAGACGGAGUUGGGCAGGAUGGUGGGGGUCGUCUACGACCCCAAGGUGGGCUUCAAGGUCAGGUCUGGCCAGUGGAACGGCAUGCUGGCCUGCACGGCCUACCACGGGGUCAACUACACCCAGCAGUUUUUCCUCACACAUUUUGAAGCCAAGUCAUACAGCAAGCCAAGCCCUAAAGUCACUGCCAGCAAGUUGCAAGUUCUUCAGGGCCGCGAGGGUUUCAAUGUAACAUGCACGGUGGAUGCGCCACUCAGUACAUCAAUGAAAACGACAUGGACCUACCCAGCACAGGAGAACAACUACCCUGUAAAGUACGAUUCUCACGAGGAGGAGACCAAAUCCAACAGCCACACCAGGAGGUACCGUCUCUACACCACGGUGCUGCACGUGGAGAAUGCGACCCUACGAGAUAACGGGGAGUACACCUGCACAGCUGAGAAUACUAUGGGCCCGGCGUCUGCUUCGAUCAACAUCAAUGUUCUAGAACACGGCUACAUAAACAUGAAUCUCAUCCAGAGCAAGUUCAGCAGGAACAACAGAAUGGACGUGGUGCGGGGAGAGGACAAAUUCCGCAUCAUCUACAUGGUGGAGGCCUACCCCAGGGCCCGCUUUGACUGGUACAAGGACGGUCAGAUCCUGUGUCCAAAGAACAACCAGACUGACUGCAACCUGCAGGUCCGGGGGGACAUUGUGCGGGCGCGAUUCCGGCACAUUACCGACAAGCACGCCGGCAACUACACACUGGUGGCAACCAACAAGGACGUCACUGUUAGCAAGACUGUGAUUGUCUCUGUGAUAGUCAGACCAGUGGUGACCAUCACCUCGUGGCCCCUGCCCACCAACACCGACCCACCCCUCUACCUGGCUGGGGAGAGCUACACCUUCAACUGCAGCGCCACGGGCAAGCCCUUACCCACCGUCCGCUGGAAGUACGUGGACUGCCCCCAGAACUCCAUCAACUGCAACUCGGGCAAGCACCACAACCGCUGGACCCCGGUGGACGGCCCUGGCAGCCAGCCGGAGCCAGGACGCCCAGCUGUGCUGCCUGUCACAUCGCCCCAGCCACGGAUCUACCGCUGCUGCGCAGAGUCCCCCAAGUUCCUCAACCUCGACACCUGUCGGGAUGUUCACUUCAAGAUGACUGACUUGCCUGUUGGCCUGAAGGUGACCGUGGACAAUCCGUCUCCCUACCAGGGCAGCAACGUCAACCUGACGUGCCGCUGGAGCACCUACGUCUUCAAGUCCAUCGAGUGGCACUAUCUGGGGCCCGAGAACCACACGCAUCGCAUCGUGCAGCACCACAACGACCGCCACAUCAGCAUCAAGCUGGAGGGCUUCUCCAAGCUAUCCCUGCUGACGCUGAGCAAUGUGGGCCCCGCCGAGUCAGGCAACUACCAGUGCCACGCACUGAUGCGGAGGGGUCACGCCAAGAGGGUGGCGGGGGUUUACGUGGAAGUCCAAGAACGCCAGGCCCCCGAGAUCUGGACCGAACCCGCAAGCCUGGAAGUGGAUAAAGACAACGGUAAGAUUUCCCUGGAGUGCCAAGCCACUGGCGCCCCGCCGCCAACCCUCAGCUGGCUCAAAGAUGGCAGGAACCUGACGACUGAUGUCCGUCUUGUGGAAGCCGGUCAGAGUCGCAUUCUCAGGCUGGACCGAAGUCGAAUCAUCCUGGAUGACAGCGGGUCCUAUAUCUGCCUUGCUACCAACCCCGCAGGAGAACAGAACGUCACAAUCGAAGUCUUAGUUCAGGAAAGGCCCAAAUUCGACAAGAAUCUUCCAGCCAUGGUGAAAGCCAGGCCAGGCAGCAACAUGACCCUCUCUUGCCAGGUGAAGGGCAUCCCCAAGCCCAGCGUGGUCUGGGCGCGUAACCAGAGCGGCGUCUUGAAGGCCCUGCCCAAGAGGAUGUACAUUGACCGGGAAGAGGGGCUGGUGAUGGUGGGGGUGAAGGAGGCGGACGCCGGCACAUAUGUCUGCACGGCCGAGAACAAACUGGGAGUGGCCACCAGGACGAUCCAUCUGGAGCUAGAUGAAUCUCUGCAGGGGCCAUACAGCAUAGCGUCCUCUCCCCAACUGAUCGGCAGUCUAGCUGCCAGUGCGUGUGUCAUCUUCAUCAUCCUGAUUGCACUGAUCCUAGUCAUCUUCAGAAUAAGACGGAAGAAGCAGAAGUACAUAGCGGGCGGCGACGACAUGCUCCUGCCAAUAUCACUGAAUCAGGUGGCUGACUUGGAAGAUAUCUGUGACCACCUGCCAUACGAUCCUAAAUGGGAGUUCCCACGAGAAAGACUCAAACUUGGUGCCAUCCUUGGGCAAGGAGCCUUUGGUAGAGUUGUCAAAGCAGCUGCCUUUGGCAUCGAUAAGACGCAGAUGUGCACCACGGUCGCUGUCAAGAUGCUCAAAGAAAAUGCUACGGAAGUAGAGAGGAAGGCCCUGAUGACGGAGCUGAAGAUGCUGAUUCACAUUGGGCCUCACUUGAACGUUGUCAACCUGAUGGGCGCAUGUACGAGAACAGAGCUUCUGAUUAUUGUGGAGUACUGUAUCCACGGCAACCUGUCGGACUACCUGCGCAGCCGGCGGGACUCCUUCGUGGUGGAGUCCAAGGACACCGCCCAGCCUGGCCUGGCCCAGCGGCUGAUCCCUGGUAGCAUCAGCACGCGGGCCUCGGCCGAGCCGGACAGCCCUGGCCUGCCGCUUGACGCAGAGGACGAGGAGGAGGAUGACGAUGUCUUCACCUUCAACGAGAAGAAGGAGCCCCUGACCCGGAAGGACCUGCUGUGCUUUGCCUUCCAAGUAGCUAGGGGAAUGGAAUUCCUGGCCUCCAAGAAGUGCAUUCACAGAGAUAUGGCAGCUCGCAAUGUCCUCCUCGCCGAUGAUAACAUAGUCAAGAUCUGUGAUUUCGGUCUUUCGCGGGACGUCUACCACAAUCCCGACUAUGUGAUUCGAGGAGGGGGCCGCCUUCCAAUUAAGUGGAUGGCACCGGAGUCCAUCUUUGACAAGGUCUACACCUCAUACAGCGAUGUGUGGUCAUAUGGUGUGUUUUUGUGGGAGCUGUUUCAGCUUGGUGGAACCCCAUACCCGGGUGUUCCAGUGGAUGAGGAGUUCUACAACCGGUUAAAGAAUGGCUACCGCAUGUGUGCUCCUGAUCACGCUCCUCAGGAAAUUUACCACAUUAUGCUGGAGUGUUGGAACACGGAGGCCAAGGACAGGCCAGACUUCAGUGAUCUGGUGAUCAAGCUGGGUGACCAACUGGAGGCUAACGUCGUUCAAGAGUACUUGGACUUGAACAUUCCCUAUGAAAUUGAGAAUGCCAGCCGUCCCUCCACCCAAUACAUUGAGAAAGGCCUGGAGCCAGUGGUUUUACUGCCUCCCGAGAUGGCCUCGGAGAAAGCUGACAAUGAGGCGGGGAGUCCACAGUCAGUGAGCAAGCAGGAGGAUGAUGUAGAGGAGGCGGGAAGAGCUGAAGGAGGAGAUGGAGGAGAAGAGAUCCUGGAGGAAAUUCAAGACCCGAGACCAGUAUGCCCUAGCCUGGACGGGAGGAACAGACUUGUUGGACAGUCGCAGUGCAUGCAGAAGGAGGACCAGUGUGUCGUGCCGAUGGUGAAUGGGGACGAAGACGAGCAGAGAGCGGGUGCGGGCAGUAAGGAGGUGGCUGUCAGGAGGGAACAGACUCAAUGUGAUGCCGCCGUGGGCGGCGACACCCCACUGAACGAUAGCCGCGCCAGCGAGGAAACUCAGCUGACGGAGGAAGGCCGAGACUCACUCAGCUCGCUGGAGAAGGCGGAGCUGGAAGGGCUGGAGUCCGGCAGGGAUGCCUCGUUUCAUCACCAUCACCCUCACCACCAACAUCACCACCACCACCACGCCCGCAGCCGUGGCAACAGUAAAAGCGAGGAGUCGGUGUCCUCGGACUCGUCCAGCGGCUUCCGCUCCGGGGGUUACAUCUCGGAUGCCAACGAGGAUGAGCCCCCGCCAGAGUACAACAAAGUGAUGCAAGUGGUCACCGUGCACUUCUGAGUAUUCAGUGGAGAAAAAACACAAAAAGUCAAUCGAUAUUCACUCUUGACUCAGCAAAGCUGUUUUCAGUGAUGCACAGUGAGUGCGUCCAUAACAGUAUAUGUAUGUGGUUUGGGGCCUCAGGAUUAAUUCAUUUGCUCUUGUGAUGUAUGCCUGAAGGAGACAUCGAUGGGAGGAUUUGUAUGCCAGCAUGCAUUGUAACAUUUUGGUUGGACAUUUCCCCUACCCCAUUUUGUGAGCAUCUGGAAAGUCAAGGAGAAUUGGAACCUGAACGCUUAUAAAUGUGGGACUUAAGUUAUUGCUUUUUGGCUGAAGACAUAGAAAUUAUGCAAGAUGCCAUUUUCCCCUCGCAGUUACCAGUAUAGAUACAAAUGGUCAUAUCAAAGAAUUAUCAUCGGAUAUAUCUCAAGGCUUACCGCACUGGUGUAAGUCAGUGAUUUCUAGCGAUGAAAGUUCACAUCAACAGUUCAAAUAUUUUGAUUCAGAUAUUGUCUACUAUUUUAGUCAAAUUAUGCUCACAAGAGCCAGAAGUAUAUUUUUGGAGAACAGGAAUGCUACCUCAGUAAUAGCCUGAACACUGCCAUGUUGCAAUUGCACCAUUUUGAUUGGAAAAUUUUUACUGAGCUGUCAUUUUUUGGUCAUCUUUUUCUAAAAAAUUUUUAGAAAUAAUACUUCUUUCCAAUUUCCUUUUUGCCUGUUUCACCGAUGCUAUCUGAAUCCGAUCAACAAAGUAGUUUGCCCAAAAUAUUGCCAUAGGAAGAAAUUACAUUUACUAUUAUACUUACACAUAUAUCAUACUCGGCAAACAAAUAUGACAUUUGCUGUAUUUUUGUGCAGAUUUGCAUUGAAUGUCCUGGCUUAACUUCGCCCAUAAAUUCCAGCUGCACGAACUGUUUUCAACUCUUUGCCAUUAAGAAGAGUUGCAUUUUUAUGCUAGAUGUAGCUAGAUGUUAUUCACAGCUAAUCCAAGAUACCCACAGGAUAUACAAAACGUUUUCCAGUUGUCGUCAAAUGAUGCCAGGAUAUGCCCAAAACAUGCAGAGUAAACAAAUUGUGACUUGGUACAUUUUGACCUUGUGUCUCCUCGGCCAUUGUAAUUUUCUACAGGUGACAUUGAUACAGUAUCUGGCUAGAAAAUGUCUGUAUACUCUUUGCCAUGAGAAGAGGGUUUUUGUGGACGAGUUUUGCCGAUUUUGCCGAUUUUGACUUCGGAGACAGGGUUCUGUUCACAAGUACCGCCUCAUAACUGCAAGAGAGAGAGACGCCAAGCCAACCCUUGAAUACGAAUGCCAAUGUAAUGCUAGGCGCUCACAGCAGGAAUCUACAGCUUAGCACAGAUCCACAUUGUGUGUUCUCCAUGCUGUACUGGUGUUAACAUGCACAAGAAGGCUUCGGCCCCACACGAUGUAAACAAGUUUAUCAAAUUGCCUUGGCUCCUUCGCCUGUAAGCUCCAUUAUAUCCUGUCCCAAUUUAUUCAGUGCUGUCCUGAUGUAACCCUCCUUAGUUAUUUCUUUCCAUUCCAAAAGAGUUUAUGGGGAACGUGCAAUCAAAUCUGCUCUAAAGGCUGAUUUUUUUUCUUUCACAAUCUUUAAUCCAUAAAUUUUAGUCUUUUUAACCAAUUUUUACAGCUUUUUAAAAGCUCAGCCAGCAACGUAAGCUGCCAUAAUUACAUUGUACCUUAGUUAAACACCUUCAGUGUUUGUAUGUAUGAGUUACCAUGUACUUUAGAGUAACCAUGUGGGACCAUACAUUAGACCGAAGUAAUUGCAAAGUUGAGAGAGUGGAUCACUCAAGAAACACAGAUACUGUCAUGUUAUGAAAACCUCCAAUUUUUAGCAUUUAAAUUUGAAAACAAAAAUAUAUCAUGGGCUGUAUAAAUUUGGCUUUUGCUUUGCACAAAGAGACAAAAAGUCCUUAUUCAGUUGUUUAUAUGAGCAAUAACUUCGACUUAAUCCAUAUUUCAGCAAUUCUUGCCAAACGUUCUGUGUAAGUUAAUUGAGGAUUGGCUAUUUUUUUUUGUAAUUUCAUUAUCUAUGUGUUUAUCGGUUAAAUUUUUUCAAAGAGAGAUGGGUAUAGAUGUACUUAGUUUUUGUAUAAAAAUCAGGCCGCAAAGAGAUCCUUCUCCACAUAUCUGCAAAUCCAGAGAUAGAAAUUGGUGGGAAUUGUUUGCCGUUUCUGUCAAGGCAUUCUGUCAGACACUUCAUUUUGCUGCAAAAUGUGUGGGUGUGUGUGUGGGGAGAGGUAGACAGUGUCGUUUAAUGUAAAUAGCAAUGACAACGGGGAAGUAGAUUAGAAACACAUUCAACCACGGAGGGGAUCCAUUCCCGGAGCGAUUCUUGAUUUGUUUUCAUAUAUUUCACCAUUAACAUUUUUUCCUUUUCCUCUCCCUCCAUACACGUGUGUGAACAUUUUCAGCUGAGCCGCUAUGGGGAGGCUAAACCGUUUAUAAUCGCUUCGACAUGUGAGCAGCUUUCAUUGUAAAUAAUUACGUUGAGUGCGAGGUAGAUAACAAGUUCCUCGACCAAUGUGCCUUCGAAUUUCUUAGUAGUUUGACGUGCUUGUACAAAAUAGCAGUAGACGGAUGGACACGCCUGUAAGUUUGCUUCUUACAAAUUUACGCUUGCUUUAAUUAAUGUUGUAAAUGUUCGUGUCACCACCGUAGUGGUUAAUAUAGCCUGCAUGCAGAAAGUAGCGUUGACAGCAAGAACUUAGCUUUUUUAUCACAAGAAAAGAAGUCGUUUGAUACCGUGCAAGGAAAGUCUACAGAGUUAGAUUUAAGUUCGUUUUGUUUUCUGCGGGCGGUAAGGCAAAACUAUGCAUGUUCGCAAGUGUCUUUUAUUUGUUUAUUUGUUGAUUAAGAGUACAUUAAGCAGAAACAUGCUGAACGUCUUCAGUAUAGUUCCUUGCGAUAGCUCUGCCGUUCGGAUUUUAUGUGUUAUGUCAAGCAUUUGCGUUGCAAAUCUUGUCUUUCCGAUAUUUGCAAAUCUCUCCGUUUUAAGACCGACUCGUACUUGGCGCGAAAGCGAAAAACAGCGCGAAAUUGCGACAUUUUUCCCAGCAUAAACUUUGGAAAAACAAGAUCGCAAAACGCUCCACUCUAUUUCGCGAGUUGUAGUGUUUAGUUGAGCGAUACUGAAGAUGUUGAGCUCCGCAAAGCUGUAAAAUUCAACUAGGCCUAUGUACCGGUGUACUUUCUUUUUGUUUCUUUUUGUUCAAGCGGCUGGUUCGUUUUGGUUAAAGCAUUUUGAAUUUUAUACUUUCCUACAGUUUUCAUGCCUCUUGUAAUAGGUCAGAAAACCAUAGUCAGAAAUUUACUUUUAUUAUGAUUUCUUUAUGGCAAAUGUUCUAUUGUUUUGGAAAGAAAGCUUCUUUGUACAUUGAAUUUCUAAUAAAUAUACGACCUAAA